AUUAGCCCCGAGAAGGUGGAGCCCACUGUGAGCCCGGAGGGAAUCCACACAGAGCUGGACGAAGAGAUGGAGAACGACAUCUGCAAAGUGUGGGACAUGUCGAUGGACGAGGAUGUCGCAUUAUUUCUUCAGGAGUUCAAUGCCCCUGAUAUAUUCAUGGGAGUUUUUGCCAAGUCAAAAUGUCCUCGCCUCACUGAAAUCUGUGUGGGAAUAUUAGGAAAUAUGGCCUGUUUCCAAGACAUAUGCAUGUCCAUUAGUAAAGAUGAGAAUCUGGGGCAAGUGUUACUGCAACGUUUGUGUGAUUCAGACUCUCCAACUCUUCUGGAAACAAGCAGGUUGUUGUUAACUUGCCUCUCCCAGCCUGAGGUGGCCAAUGUCUGGGUUGAGAGAAUCCGAGAAAACCCUUCCGUUUAUGACUGUGUUUGCUUUAUCAUGUCCAGCUCUACAAAUGUGGAAUUGCUGGUAAAAGUGGGUGAAGUGGUGGACAAACUCUUUGAUCUAGAUGAAGAACUAAUGUUAAACUGGAUUAAAAAUGGCACUUGUCGGUCUGUGGGACCAUCUGUAGAUGAUUCCCCUGAAGAACUUCCAGAUUUUAAGAUUGUGCCUUGUAUACUUGAAGCAGCGAAGCAAGUCCGAUCAGAUAAUCCGGAAGGACUUGAUGUUUAUAUGCAUAUUUUGCAGCUCCUGACCACGGUGGAUGAGGGUAUUCAGGCUAUCGUGCAGGCUCCUGAUGGGGGAAAAGAGACUUGGAGUUUGCUUUAUGACCUCGUUUGCCAUGAACUUUGCCAGCCAGAUGAUCCACCAAUCAUUGUGCAGGAGCAGAAGACUGUAUUAGCCUCUAUUUUGUCCGUGCUGUCUGCUAUGUUUGCUUCACAGACAGAACAAGAAUACACCAAGAUGAGGAAAAAUAUGCCUCUGAUUGGGAGCUUGAUUCGUAUCUUGCAAUACAUGGAGGACUGUGGGAAAAGAUCUGUAGAUAACUCAAAGGAGUCUGAACAACAAGAGACUGGAAGGGCUGAUCUAAACGAGGAAGAUUUCCAUUUAAAAAUUUUGAAGGAUAUUUGCUGUGAAUUACUUUCCAAUAUGCUUCAAGAAUUGACCAAGGAAAAUACCUUAGAAGGACUACACCAGGGAUAUUUAAAUGAACAGACAUGUUCCUGUGCAUUUCAGAACCUCUUACCUCUGUAUUUUGCAUCAGUGGAGAGUUUCCUUGAAGUUCUGCGUGAGGCUGAUCAGACACUUGCUGGCCAUCUAGAAAAACGUUUCCCAAGCCUGAAGGUUCAUGCCUAA